GGUUCCGCUUCCGGUGGGGCCGUCCCUAGCGGCGGAGAUGGCGGCGGCUGCGGCGGAGGCUUCGGCCUCGGGCUCUGGAGAAUCCCGAGAAGAGGCUGAAGCCCCCGGCCCCGCCUGGGAUGAGUCCCAACUGCGCAGUUAUACCUUCCCGACCCGGCCCAUCCCGCGUCUGAGUCAGAGCGACCCCCGGGCGGAGGAGCUUAUCGAGAAUGAGGAGCCUGUGGUGCUGACAGACACAAAUCUUGUGUAUCCUGCCCUAAAAUGGGACCUUGAAUACCUGCAAGAAAAUAUUGGCAACGGAGACUUCUCUGUGUACAGUGCCAGCACCCACAAGUUUUUGUACUAUGAUGAGAAGAAGAUGGCUAAUUUCCAGAACUUUAAGCCGAGGUCCAAUAGGGAAGAAAUGAAAUUUCAUGAGUUUGUUGAGAAACUGCAGGAUAUACAGGAGCGAGGAGGUGAAGAGAGGUUGUAUCUGCAGCAAACACUCAAUGACACUGUGGGCAGGAAGAUUGUCAUGGACUUCUUGGGUUUUAACUGGAACUGGAUUAAUAAGCAACAGGGAAAGCGUGGCUGGGGGCAGCUGACCUCUAACCUGCUGCUUAUUGGCAUGGAAGGAAAUGUGACACCUGCUCACUAUGAUGAGCAACAGAACUUCUUUGCUCAGAUAAAAGGCUACAAGCGAUGCAUUUUGUUCCCUCCGGAUCAGUUUGAGUGCCUCUACCCAUAUCCUGUUCAUCAUCCAUGUGACAGACAGAGCCAGGUGGACUUUGACAAUCCUGACUACGAGAGGUUCCCCAAUUUCCAGAACGUGGUUGGUUACGAAACAGUGGUUGGCCCUGGUGAUGUUCUUUACAUCCCAAUGUACUGGUGGCAUCACAUAGAGUCAUUACUAAAUGGGGGGAUUACCAUCACUGUGAACUUCUGGUAUAAGGGGGCCCCCACCCCUAAGAGAAUUGAAUAUCCUCUCAAAGCCCAUCAGAAAGUGGCCAUAAUGAGAAACAUUGAGAAGAUGCUUGGAGAGGCCUUGGGGAACCCACAAGAGGUGGGGCCCUUGUUGAACACAAUGAUCAAGGGCCGAUACAACUAGCCUGCCAGGAGUCGAGGCCUCCUGCCAGGUGACUGCUAGCCCGUCCACACCGCUUCAUUGAUGAGGACAGGAGACUCCAAACGCUAGUAUUGCACGCUGCACUU